UGAACUUUGGUAUGUGUUUCAUAUUUAACUUAUAUUGAAGUUUUUCUUUUUCUUUUUAGUUUGUGUCUCUGCAAAAUUUGGUUUAAAGUCUUGUCUUUGCUGUGGUGUUGUGUUUCCGUGUGCGGUAAGGAGGAACAAAGCUUAUGCUUGUAGACUUGUGUCUCUCUGCUGCGCAAUUCGAGCUCUGGCAAAUUAUAAACCAUGGUUGGAGGAAGUAGUGCACAGAAGCUAACUACAAAUGAUGCACUUGCGUAUCUCAAGGCUGUCAAGGAUAAAUUUCAAGACAAACGUGAGAAAUACGAUGAGUUUCUUGAGGUUAUGAAAGAUUUUAAAGCUCAGAGGGUUGAUACUACUGGUGUUAUCUUAAGAGUGAAAGAACUUUUCAAGGGGAAUCGGGAAUUGAUUUUGGGGUUCAAUACUUUCUUACCAAAGGGUUUCGAGAUAACUCUCUUACCCGAGGAUGACCAACCUGCGCCUAAGAAGCCUGUUGAGUUUGAGGAAGCUAUUAGUUUUGUUAACAAGAUUAAGACAAGGUUUCAAGGCGAUGAUCGUGUAUACAAAUCGUUUUUAGACAUUUUGAACAUGUAUAGAAAGGAAAACAAGUCCAUUACUGAGGUCUACCGCGAGGUGGCUAUUCUUUUCCGGGACCAUCACGAUUUGCUUGGGGAGUUCACUCACUUUCUCCCUGAUACUUCAGCAACUGCCUCUACUCAUGAUCCUGUAAAAAUGCCAGUACGGGAUAGAGGCAUUAAGUCUCUUCCCACCAUGCGUCAAAUAGAUCUUGAUAAGAAGGACCGAAUCAUUACUUCACAUCCUGACCGUGCCCUCAAAACUGAACAUCUGGACAUAGACCAUGAGAGAUCUUUGUUGAAAGAAAGUAAAGAAGAAGUGAGACGCAUUGACAAAAAGAAUGAUUACAUGGAUGAUAGAGACAGGAAAGAACAUUUCCUUAACAAAAAGAAGCUGACACUUAGGGAUGAUGAUUCUGCUGAAAUGUCCAAUCAAGCUAGGGAAGGAGACAAGUUUUCUGGAGCCACUCCUAGUUCAUCUGCUUAUAUUGAAAAAGGUCAUAGCCAAGAACUUGCUUUUGUUGAUAGAGUGAAGGCCAAGCUUGAUAACGCUGACAACCAAGAGUUCUUACGAUGUCUUAAUCUCUAUUCAAAGGAGAUAAUAAGCCAACCAGAGUUGCAGUCUUUGGUGAGCAAUUUAAUUGGAGUAUAUCCAGACCUUAUGGAUGCCUUCAGAGUCUUUUUGGCACAGUGUGACAAGAAUGAUGGAUUACUUUCUGGGAUUGUGUCUAAGAAAUCCUUGUGGAGUGAAGGCAAAUGUCCUCAACCUACCAAGUCACAGGACAUAGAAACAGACCGAGAACGUGAGAAAAUGCAAAGGUAUAGAGAAAGAGACCGUGAAAAGGAGAGGCUUGAAAAGGCAGCAGCGAGUCAAAAAUGGGCUAAACCUAUCAGUGAACUAGAUCUCUCAAACUGUGAACAAUGCACACCUAGUUAUCGGUUACUUCCUAAGAAUUACCCAAUUCCUAUAGCAAGCCAAAAAAUGGAGAUUGGUAGCCAAGUGCUUAAUGAUCAUUGGGUCUCCGUCACUUCAGGAAGUGAAGACUAUUCAUUUAAACACAUGCGCAAGAACCAAUAUGAAGAGAGCCUAUUUAAAUGUGAAGAUGACAGGUUUGAGCUUGACAUGUUAUUAGAAUCCGUGGUCUCGGCUACAAAUCGAGUGGAAGAGUUAUUGGGAAAAAUUAACAGUAAUGAAUUGAAAACCGACACCCCCAUCUGUAUCGAGGAUCACCUCACAGCUCUGAACCUAAGAUGCAUAGAACGGUUAUAUGGUGAUCACGGCCUUGAUGUGUUGGAUUUGUUAAAGAAGAAUGCCUAUCUUGCUUUACCCGUAAUACUGACGCGUUUGAAACAGAAGCAAGAAGAGUGGGCAAAGUGUCGAACUGAGUUUAACAAAGUCUGGGCUGACAUAUAUACAAAGAACUACCACAGAUCACUCGACCAUCGCAGUUUUUAUUUCAAACAGCAGGAUUCAAAGAAUCUGAGCACAAAAGCGUUGCUGGCAGAGAUAAAAGAGAUCUCUGAAAAGAAGCGAGCAGAAGAUGAUGCACUUCUUGCUCUUGCAGCUGGAAAUAGACGAUCUAUAUCUUCCAAUAUGAGUUUUGAUUAUCCGGAUCCUGAUCUUCACGAAGAUCUGUAUCAGCUGAUUAAGUAUUCAUGUGGAGAAAUGUGUUCAACAGAACAGUUAGAUAAGGUAAUGAAGGUAUGGACAGAAUUUUUGGAACCACUAUUUGGGGUUCCUUGUCGCCCUCAAGGUGCUGAAGACCGAGAAGAUGCUGUCAAGUCUACAAACCAGAAUUCAAAAUGUGGUAGUGCAAGCGAGGGCAGUCCUCAAAAUGGAGCUAGUGUUGCCAACUCUAUGCGGUCAAAUGGCCCUCGAAAAUUCAAUGAAAGUAAUCAAGUGCGGCAAGCUAGUGAUGUGGAUAAAGAUGUCACUUCUUGUAAGACCUCAGAUGCCUUAUUAUUAUGUGACAGUACUCAAAAUGAUAAAAUGCCGAAAAAUCUUACUAAACCUGACGACAAAACCGAAACCAAACAAGUUGUUUCUAUUGAACGUUCGCAUAUCUCAAAUGCACCGCCUGUGGAUGGAUUGCUACCAAGGAAUGGAAAAAACAACAUUUUGUCCAUUGCCGGGCUUAGCAAUAGUAUUCCCAAGCCUAGUGCUUUAACCAGUGGGAUGGAGAUGGAGUUGAAGCAGAAUCACGUGAAUGGCCCACGGUUAGAGAUUGGUGAUAACAGAGUUAUUCCAAAUGGGACAUUGGCAGAAAUAUCAAAUAAUCAAAGAUGUAACGAAGGGGUCUCUGAGCAAACCAAAAUCGAAAGAGAGGAGGGUGAACUUUCCCCAACAGGAGAGUUUGAAGAAGAUAAUUUUGCAGUUCAUGGAGAGAAUGAAUUGGAGGCUCUCAGCAAACGUAAGGAGAAUGAUGAUAAUGCAGAUGAUGAAGGUAAUGCAAGCGCCCAAAGAUCAUCAGAUGGCAGUGGAAACACAUCUCAGAACGGUGAUGUUUCUGGAACUGACUCAGGUGAUGGUGAAGACUGUUAUCAGGAGGAUGAUAUGGACCAUAAUAAUAAAGCAGAAAGUGAAGGAGAGGCUGAAGAAGGUAUGUCUGAUGCCCAUGAUGGUGCUGGAGGAGAUAGGUCUGUGUUGUCCAUUUCAGUAAGAAACCUGCUGCAUGUGAGACCCCUUGCAAAGUAUGUCCCUCCAGCUUUGCGCGAUAAGGACAAAGAUGAUUCUCGAAAGAACUCCGAAGUCUUUUAUGGGAACGAUUCUUUUUAUGUUCUUUUCAGGCUUCAUCAGAUUUUGUAUGACAGAGUGCUGUCAGCAAAAAUCAACUCAUCAUCUCCAGAAAGAAAGUGGAAGACCUCAAGUUCUACUAACCCCGCUGAUUCAUAUGCCAGAUUCAUGAAUGCUCUCUACAAUUUGCUUGAUGGUACAUCCGAUAAUUCAAAGUUUGAAGAUGAUUGCCGAGCAAUAAUUGGGACACAGUCAUAUGUUCUUUUCACAUUGGACAAACUAAUAUAUAAGCUCAUCAAGCAUCUCCAGGUAGUAGCAGCUGAUGAGAUGGACAACAAAUUACAACAGUUAUAUGCUUAUGAGAAAUCCAGAAAGCCUGAAAAGUUUCUUGAUGCUGUUUAUUAUGAAAAUGCACGUGUUCUUCUUCCAGAUGAGGAUAUAUACCGCAUUGAAUGUAACCUAUCAACACCAGCCAAACUCUCUAUACAGCUUCUGGACUGCGGACAUGAUAAGCCCGAUGUGACAUCCAUAUCCAUGGACCCGACUUUUGCCACUUACCUCCAAAAUGUGUUCCUUUCCAAUCAACCUAAUGUGAAAGAGAAUCCUCAAAUUUAUUUAAGACGGAAUAAGCGUAAAAAUGGUGGUGACAAUGAACUCUGCACCACGGAUGAAGUUAAGGUUAUUAACGGUUUGGAAUGUAAGAUAACAUGUAGUUCUUCAAAGGUAUCUUAUGUACUAGAUACAGAAGAUGUGUUGCAUCGUCCUAAGAGGAGUAAAGUUUUGAACCAAAUCGGUUUACCCCUCGGACAGGACUCUGUUUGCAACGGUUCUUUGAUUAGGCAAAGGAGAACACAAAGAUACCAAAAACUUCUCACCAGCCAAUGACAUCUGUCAUUUACCACCAGAGAACGCUCAUGAAUAGAGUAACUUCACACUUUUUGAGAGAAAAAAGGUUGUCAUUCUCUGCUUGUUAUACUCAGCAUUGAGCUUUGUCAGAAGACAAGAAAUAUGAGAUGGCUCUCACUUCUGUUGCUGCCUCUAGUCCCUGUAGUAUUCUCACAGAAAAUAAAAAGGGAGGGAGGAGAUAAACGAAGAAAUACUGAAAGGAUUAACUGCCCAAGCCUUCAAAGCCUUGUUUCCCAUAAUUGUGUAUAUAAGCAUUUUGCAUGUUGUAACAUUAACUCAAAUUUCUUCUUUUUUUUUCUCCUAUUCUUUCCAACAUUAAUCACCUGAAUGCAAAAUUUGUUCUUGUA